GAGACGUGGAUAUAAUGUGUUUGUGAUAUGUUAGCGGGUAUAUUCUAACUAAAGUUAUUGUUUUUUAGGAAAUUUAAUUUGUAGCAAAGAUGUCUCAACAAUUUGCAUACGAUGAAAAGGGCUCAACGUUUUUAUAUUUUAUUCUCUCUUUUUUUGCAAUGCUAUUAAUCCCACUCACGUAUUUGUUCUGGCCUAAAGGAGUAAAAGACGAAGAGAAAAGAUUGCGGACGCUUUGCCCAAUCCACGGUAAAAGUAAAUGGUAUAAGAAAGUGCAAGAAGCUUUAAGGAGGAAAAAGUCAAAACCAAGUUUUCGGAAAUGGUUGAUUGUUUUUGCUUGGGUUGGGUUCCUGGUGUUGGUUUAUAAAGUAUCAAACAUCGAGAAUGAUCAUGUCGAAUACGAUCCUUAUGAGGUUCUGGGAGUCGAUAGAGAUGCGGAUAAAAUUGAAAUCAAGAAAAGAUAUCGACAAUUAUCACUUGAAAACCAUCCUGAUAAAGGGGGGGACUCGGAUACGUUCAUGAAAAUCAGGAAAGCUUACGAAUCACUCACCGACGAGGAAACCAUGCAGAAUUGGAAGGAAUAUGGGAACCCUGAUGGUCCGCAAGCCAUGGAGUUUGGAAUUGCUUUGCCGAAGUGGAUUGUCGAAUCUAAAAACUCAAUCUUUGUCCUUGGGAUUUACAUGGCUUUGUUUAUGGUUAUCAUGCCAAUAAUAGUUGGUGUGUGGUGGAGCAGAUCAAUUAAAUACAGCAAGGAACAAGUCUUGUUAAACACUACACAAUUAUAUUAUUAUUUCCUUAAUAAAACCCCCAACCUUAACCUUAAGAGAGCCAUAAUGAUUAUCUCGGCCUCCUUUGAGUUUAGUCGAGAACAUAAUUCCAAGGUGCGUGCCCCGACACCCGCUGACAACGAAGAGUUACCAGAUUUGUUGCAUAGACUGGAGUCGUGUUCAAUUACGGAUAAUCCAAAAGAGAGGCCGAUGAACUUUCCUUACAGUGUGAAAGCUCGUAUUCUUAUAUAUUGUCAUCUUUGUAGGUUGGAUAUUCCAUCAACAAUGCUGGAGGAAGACCUGGAGUUUAUUUUGUGUAAAGUCCCGUUGUUGGUGCAGGAGAUGGUUGGAUGUUUGUCCCAACUCACCGUGAUGGCUCACUGGAACAAAGCGAGCAUGCCAAGGUUGGAGUCGCUGGAAAAUGUGAUGAAAAUUUGCCCAAUGAUGGUCCAGGGGUUGAGGGAAACCAAGUCCCCACUGCUACAACUGCCAUAUUUCAACGAUGACUUCGUGAAGUAUUGCCACAUGAGUAAAAAGCGAUUUGUGAGGAAUCUUCGGGGUCUCGCGCAACUUCGUGAAUCGGAUCGUCGACAAAUGUUGCGAAGAAUGGGUGACGAGGAAUAUGAUACGAUGAUCUCUGUGUUGAAAAAAUAUCCGGAUGUUGAACUUCAUGUGACAACGCAGGUGAUGGACGAUGAAGAUCUGAACGUCAUCACGGCUGGAGCGAUCGUCACGGUGACGCUGUCCAUGACAAGAAAGGAGCUCGGCGACCUGCAGGAGGAAGAGGCUGAAUCGCCCGUGGAAACACUGGCAACACUGGACGAUGAGGAAGGGGUGGGUGAGAAGCCGAACAAACUUAAGGUUUGGGAGAAACAAAGUAAAAAGAAAAAGAACGUAAAGAAAAAAAAACCAACCAAAGCUGGGGCAAAGAAAACACUUGGGGCGAAGAAAGUUGAUAAAUCAAAGUUUGAUGAAGCUGAGGUCAGUAGUGAGGGGCAAGCUGCUAAAAGUAACGAGUCUGGCGACAGCGAUUCUGAUGAUUCUGACACCGACUCCGAUUCACCUCGGGAUGAGGAAACUGAGGAAAAGGAAUGGCAGGCGAUGCAAGCCACGUUUAAAAGGAAGAGCAAAGCUUCACUAACCGUGUCGGACAAACGUACACACACUGUGUACGCGCCAAACUUACCUGUGGAGAAACAGGAAUGGUGGUGGGUGUACGUGUGCGACCGUAAGCGGCAUCUGCUGCUAACUUCACCUGUAAUGGUUUGUAACCUGCGCGAAAGCGAGGAGAUUGAACUAAAGUUUCCUGCCCCACAGAAACCUGGUCGGUAUACCUACCAAGUAUGGCUGAGGUCUGAUUCAUACCUGGAUUGCGACCAAAAGCAAGAUAUUAAGCUCGACGUGAAAGAAGCCAAGCCAUUGGAGGAAGAACAUCCGCAGUGGAAUAUUUCGGAUAAUGAAAACAACGAUGGUGGAAACGAAAGCGAAGAUGAAGGGAUUUCAUCGGAGGAAAACUCACUGUCGGAUGUGGAUAAUUAAUUUGCAAUUUUAUAAAAUUUGAUGUUUUAAGUCUUGGUGAAUGCUUUGGCAAUCCAACCCAGUAUUUGUGUAAGGCUGUAGAUUGUAUGUUGGGGAUGUUAUUUGUGCAAUGGCAGUUUGUGUGUUGAGAUAAUAAAAGAUAAUAUGUGAACGUG